AUGUUGUCCUCUCCGGCUCUCGUAGCUGUAGCAGAAGCAAAGAAGAAAACAAAAGAAAAGCGAUACUCUCAACUGAACGGUACACUCAAUCUAAUCUAUAUAAUACUCAAUUAUCAAUUCAUAUCUCUCUCUCAUUUCAACCAUGGAUCCCAACCCACGAACCUUCCCGAUUCUCUCCUACGUCAUGUCCCGCCUCCCAUCCUUAACUUCCAAAACCCCUACUCCCACUGAUAUCGAAUUAUUCGACAUCGAACAGCCACACUCUCCUCCACACUCCCAAAUCGUUUCUCAAAUGCCAAACCUAACCGACCCCCAACUUCUUGCCUCAAUGGGCCGGGCCAUCUCUGAUGUAUGUCAGGCCCGUUCCGUUCUUAACCUAAUCGGCCACCGCCCCACUCACGAGGAAGUGGACCACGCAAAGGCCAAGCUACUUCAAAUUGAAGCCCAACUCUCACGCCAGCUGGAAGGAAUCGUACUGCUUGCUAGGCCCCCGGAGAUCGAGAUUCAUGGAUGGCGGGCCCACCAAGCGGAGAAGGAGAAGCAGUGCAGGGAAGAGGCUGAGAAGGAGAAGCGCGUUUGGAAAUCGCUGUUGCAGUUGGAUGAGAUGCAUGAGGCUUACGAGAAGCUUCUCAAGGACUCUGAGAAACGAUUGGUUACAAUGUACGAGUCUGCCGGCGACGGUGACGGCGACGGCGACGUUGUUGGUGGAGGCGGUGAUGAGGUGAAUGAAGAGGUUGUGGGUAUUCUGCAGGAAGCGUAUGGUAAAGGAAUGGAACGAAUUGACCUUUCUAACCGGAAAUUGAAGCUCUUGCCCGAAGCUUUUGGUCGGGUUCCUGGUUUGCUUGUGCUUGACGUUUCGGCUAAUCAGCUUUUGGCAAUUCCUGACUCAAUAGCUCGCUUGGAAAACCUGGAGGAGCUUAAUCUCUCUUCAAAUCUUUUGGAAUCACUGCCCGAUUCAAUUGGGUUACUGCAAAGGUUGAAAUUGCUCAAUGUUUCUGGAAACAAACUUACUGCCCUUCCUGAUACCAUUUGUCAGUGCAGGUCAUUAGUUGAGCUGGAUGCAAGCUUUAACAAUCUGUCAUACUUGCCAACAAACAUUGGGUAUGAACUACCAAACUUGAAGAAACUCAUGAUUCAAUUGAACAAAAUUCGAUCUCUUCCCUCAUCCAUUUGUGAGUUGGAGUCGUUGUGCUAUUUGGAUGCUCACUUCAAUGAGCUCCACGGGCUCCCAAUAGCAAUUGGGAGACUGACUAAUCUGGAAGUUCUCAACUUGAGCAGUAAUUUCACUGAUCUUAAAGAACUUCCAGAGACAUUUGGUGAAUUGACUAAUCUCAGGGAAUUGGAUCUCAGUAAUAAUCAGAUCCAUGCACUUCCCGAUACAUUUGGUUGCCUUGAUAACUUGACCAAGCUCAACUUGGAACAGAAUCCUAUUGAAUUGCCACCAGUAGAGAUUGUAAAUCAAGGGGUCCAAGCCAUCAAGACUUUUAUGGCCAAAAGGUGGAUUGAUAUGCUGGUAGAAGAAGAAAGAAAAAGCAAUCAAGAAAUGCAUGAACAAGUUGAGGGUGGCUGGUUAACACGAAGCACCUCCUGGUUGAAGAAUGUUUCUGGAAAUGUAGUUGGGUAUCUUGGAACUGCCGUUGGAUCUCCUAUGUUACCCAAAUCUCCCAAAGAUGCUUAUCUUGAUCAGCAGCUAUGAGGUGAGAUUUGUCUAACUCUUAUUGAGAAAUGUCAAGCCUGCAUUUCUGAUGAAGAUUGUAGAUUACAGAUACAAUGUAUAUGCUUGGUUCCAAACAACACUUCCUGCCACUUCCUCUUUUGUUCUCCACCCAAUAUCCAACAUAAGGGCUCGGUGCUUUGGUAAUUAGUUUAUGUAAUCAAGGGGCAUGUCACUCACAAAAAAUAAUUGUCUAAAAUUUGAUGAUUGUUUUAUUUAAAAAAAUGUAAAAUAAACAAAACCAAUUAUACAUGCCACAUGUUGUGAUUUGAAUGGAAGGUGAUUUGAGUCAUUGAGUGAAAAGAGUAUAUAUUAGUA